ACCCCCUCCCCCCCCCCCCCCUUCCCCUCCAGGUCCCCUCCUCUCGCCUUCACUCCCUAUUGCUGCCAGCUUGUCUGUGCUUAUUUCAGUAGCUCCUCCUCUUAGUGCAUGACUAGUGCGGGAUUCUGGUAGCCCUCUGCUCGAACAGCUUUCGAUGAUACGUGGUUUUUAUGGGUUAGAAGCAUAGUUUGUUGACUAUAGUAAAUUUUCGGUGGUCGAAUGAUGCUGUUGCAUUCACAGUUAGGGAUUCAGCUGCUCCAGUUCAGCUAGGUGGAUAGACGGUGUGAGAGUGGUCGGAAAGGAGCUAAGCAGCAAUGCCUCGCAAAUGGAGGCAGUCUGAUUUCGACGACGACGGUUAUGAUGAUUACGACGAGGAGGACUAUUACGAAGAGGAGGAGUACUUGGAGGACAAGGAGCCGACUUCUACCUCUUCAGUCGUGCCUGGACAAUCUCAGAGCUUUACAUCUACAACGCAGCCUACCGCAACUGAAGUCAAUGAGCCUGAGACGGAGGAAGGUUUAUGGGCUUGUCCGGUGUGCACUUUUGAUAAUUCAUUAGAUAGUUUGACUUGCGACAUUUGUGAUACUCCACGCGAAGAUCUCAGCGAAAAAGUCAGCGACCCGUCAACAUCCUCGAAAGAGAAAGCGUAUGUUGUUACUGAGGUCCAGCGAGUUUCACCUCUUGCAAAAGCCCUUUUUAACCCGCUGCCAGGAACCAAAUCUGACCAAGCAACGGCUUCUCUUAGAAGUAAUAUGCCGGUUUUAUAUCAGAAAUCUUGGGGCAAAGUUGCUGACUCUUCAUCGUUUAGUUCCAAAAUAGUGCCAUUUAAAUUUGAUACUCCUUCUCCAGACGAAAAAAAUUUAGCGGCUCGUGGGCUUAAAAAAUCACCUAUCAGAGUUGCCCAAAGUCCAGAUGACAUAUUGAAUGGCGCCAGAAGUAGCAUGGCCAAAGCUGGGACCUCGAAAUCGAUCAGUUCAGCAGUCUCCAAACUGAAUGUACCAGGAUUAUCUCAAAGUUCUGGAGCUAGUACAAGUGAAAGUCAUGUGGGAAACGGUAGCUCUUCUGCUCCAGAAGGUGAACUGGCUGAUGCUUUGAAACAAAUGAACGUUGGUGGCGAUUACAUGGAAUCGAAAAGCAGAGAGAAUGCUGAUGCUUCAACCAGCACUUAUGGAUUGUCACUUGAAUCUUAUGAACCUGAACCGUGGAUGUUAAAGGAUGCCAACAAAGACUCGAGACAGCUUCUUCAUCUCAUUGUGGUUGGACAUGUCGACGCUGGAAAGUCUACUCUCAUGGGCCGUAUUCUACAUCUUCUUGGUCGAGUUUCUCAGAAAGAAAUGCAUAAGAAUGAAAAGGAGUCAAAGCAACAGGGUAAAGGUUCAUUUGCAUAUGCAUUUGUCCUAGAUGAGGGUGCAGAAGAACGUGCACGUGGGGUAACAAUGACAGUGGCUGUUGCUCAUUUUGAAACGCCUAAACUACGCGUAGUGCUUCUAGAUGCUCCAGGUCACAGGGAUUUUGUUCCCAACAUGAUAUCUGGGGCAUCUCAAGCAGAUGCUGCGAUUCUUGUGGUGGAUGCCUCGAUCGGGGCUUUUGAAGCAGGUUUGGAGGGAGAGGGUCAAGGCAGAGGACAAACAAGAGAACAUGCUCAAUUAGUGAGAAGUUUGGGUGUGGAACAGCUGAUUGUAGCUGUAAACAAAUUGGAUGCUGUUGAUUUCUCUAAGGAAAGGUUUGAUUUUAUCAGGGGUACACUUCAACCUUUCCUGAAGCAAUGUGGGUUUAAGGACGGAUCGUUGCAGUGGGUUCCUGUAAGUGCGAGUGAGGGUCAGAAUUUAACAAUGGCAUCAACAGAAUCAGCAUUGAAAGCAUGGUACAACGGUCCUUGCUUAAUAGAGCUGGUAGACUCAUUAAAGCCUCCUCCAAGGCUUGUGGCCAGACCUUUGCGCCUUACUAUUGCCGAAGUAAUGAAAACUCGUACUCUUGGACCUAGUGCAUUUGGUGGCAAGCUUGAGAGUGGCGCAAUUCACAGUGGCACCAAGGUUCGAGUGAUGCCAAGCGGAGAAAUUGCUACUGUGAAGAGCAUAGAGUUGCAGGGACAGCAAUUGAAAACUGCAAGGGCUGGAGAAGGAGUAGAUGUGGGGCUUAAUGGCAUUGAUCCUGGUAUGUUAGCUCCAGGAGGUGUGGUUUGUCAUCCUGACUACCCGGUACCUGUAGCUACCCGGUUUGAGGUCCAACUUCUUACUUUGGACAUCAGGACUCCAAUUCUUAAGGGCUCGCAGGUGAUUUUGCAUGUCCAUCAUGCACGACAGCCCGCAAGGGUGGAUCAGCUUGUAUCCUUGUUGGACCCUAAGAAAGGGACAGUCUUGAGGCAGCGUCCUCGGCAUUUGACUGCCAAUCAGAGUGCUAUUGUUGUGAUAGUACCUGACGAGGGAGUGUGCAUUGAAAAGUACAGCGAUUUUCGAGCUCUAGGGCGGAUAGCCUUGAGAGAGGGAGGUAAAACCAUAGCUGUUGGUAUAGUCACGGACAUACUCGAAAGGAAAUAAUGCCAUGCAACUGCUUUCCCUGUACAGCAAGCUCAUCAUCUUAUUCACUAAUAAUGAAGUGCAUGUUUUUCAGACUAUACUAUGAGCAGCAGAAAGGUUGAUUUGUCACGUUUAAGAGUUGUAGCACAUUUACGUAAAGUUUAGAGGGUGAUUAAAUUCUGUGAAGUAGCAUGUUAACAGUAAAUGUUAUUCACUUCUUUGCAAGGGAACUAAUGAUUCUUAUGGUCAUUUAAACUGGGCUUGAAGGUCCUAAACGCAUUCAGAACAAUCAAACAUAGUUAUUGCUGAUGAA